GAAUUUUUUUGCUGAUGCUUUCAAAGUCGAUGAUUAAUAUUCUAGUAACUUAUUCAAAUUUAUUAUUCAUAUCACAAUGCGAGUACGAAUGGAGCAUUGGCAGCUGCUAUUAGAGCUUUGUGACAGGAACCCGGAAUUAAUAACAAACAAAUUUAAUGGGCCUGAAGGAAAAGCUAAGGGACAUGCCCUUUGGAAAACAGUUACAUCCAAAUUGAACAGUUUGGGAUACGGAGAAAAACCUAUGGAAGGCUGGCGAAAGGCACUGACAGAUUGGAAAUCGAAGACAAAAUCAAAGGCAGCUGCAAUUAAAAGAGAAAUGCAGAAAACUGGUGGAGGAAGAAAUGCAAAAAAAAGUUUUGGGUGCAAGACUGAGUCUGGGCAAGCAGUCGAAUUGAGAAACAAAACCCCAAUAGAUACUUCUGAUAGCAUUCCAGUCACCCAAAAUAAGCCCCAAAACCAAGUUCAUGAUUAUGGACAAGGGAGUGGCAAAGAAAAUGAUUGCAUUGAAGAUAAUGAAGAUGGCGAUGCAGAGCAGAGGACUGUUAAAAAAACAAAACUUGUCUCAGCUACAAAAUCUAUUAGACUAAGACCCCAGCAAACCCUUCAUCUAUCGAGUGAACUAAUACAGUUGAAUAGAGAAACUGUGGAGAUGUUUAAAAUCCUAAAUGCAAAUACUGAAAGUAUUGCAAAUAAUACUGAGAGAAUAGUAAGCAAUACCCAAAGUAUUGCAUCUUCUCUAAAUAUAAUUGCAAAUGUUUUGCAGAAAUAAUGGAUCAAUAAUUAUGGUUUCUUUCAUUUCAAACCUAUGAAUAAAUUAUGCAACCUUAUGUUUGUCCAGUUCCUACCUAUACAUACCGGGUGACAAUGAAACUACUACCCACGGCGGCAUUUCUUAACGGCUCGAGAUAGAAUUAUGCAACUCGGUUUGUUGACAGGGUUUAUAAAAAGAAUUGAAUGUCUUUUCCGGUUUCACCGGAGAUGGCAUUGACUUUGUUAUUUUAAAUGGGACACCCUGUAUGUAACUUUCGUCUAACAUACCCUAUGUCAAAAAUUCAUAGUUUUUGAAAUAGAGUGGCUCAAAAAUAUGUCGUAAUUCCUAUUGGUUUGUAUUUUACGUAAAAACUGCCUUUUCCGGUAAAACCGGAAAAGACAUUCAAUUGUUUUCGUAUUAAAAUUGUUCACAAUUUUUAACCCUAUCAACAUACCAAGUUGCAUAUUUCUAUAUCUCUAGCCGUUAAGAAAUGC